CCCGGAUGUUGAUACAUCCGGUUGUUUCAGUGUUGUGGAAAGUGUUGCAACCACAGACUGUAGAUUGCAACUAACUGUUGGCGUAUUAGAUUUCCUUUGGCUGCCUGAACGUUAAGACGACACAUUUAUUAAUGUUCGUGUCUUGCUAGCCUUUUCUGUUCUGAUUUUACUUAUGGCUCAGCGGACAAAUUUCAGGAGAAGUUCUAUGAUUAGCAUUAGCGUUAGCAACAGCUGUUGACUUGACUGUCUAUCUCUGUUAGAUCCAUAAUGCAGGCCUGAAUGUCACCAUGUCUUUGCAAAAACAGUAGAAAAUUCCAGCUAAAUCGUGUUUUUUUACGAGUAAAUAUUUAUUAAAGCGCAAGGUGCUGUCGGAGCCACUCUAGUCUGCUCGAUUUGAAAGGAUCUAGUUAUAAAUGGCCACCUUCGCGGCUGCUGAAAACACAGGCACCACGUCCAGCAACUCGACUGCUGCCGACAGUGGAAACCAGGACAGCACAUUUGAGUGUAAUAUAUGUCUAGACACAGCCAAAGAUGCAGUCAUCAGCCUGUGUGGCCACCUCUUCUGUUGGCCUUGUUUGCACCAAUGGUUGGAGACUCGACCAACCAGACAAGUUUGUCCUGUGUGUAAAGCUGGAAUAAGUCGAGAUAAAGUGAUCCCAUUGUAUGGGAGAGGGAGCACUGGGCAGCAGGAUCCCAGAGAAAGAACACCCCCUCGACCACAAGGACAAAGACCUGAACCUGAGAAUCGUGGUGGAUUUCAAGGCUUUGGGUUUGGAGAUGGAGGAUUCCAGAUGUCAUUUGGAAUAGGUGCCUUUCCAUUUGGUAUUUUUGCCACUGCAUUUAACAUCAAUGAUGGAAGACCACCACCUGCAGCUCCUGGGACUCCACAGCACAUGGAUGAGCAAUUUUUGUCACGGCUCUUCCUUUUUGUUGCAUUGGUAAUUAUGUUUUGGCUUUUGAUUGCUUGAUUAGUUAAAUUAAACGGUUAACACUAAGAACAAAGGAGAGAAUCCUGAAACAUGUGCUGCUUACUUUUUUGUCAUCCCAAAAACGUUUUAAUUACAAUGAUUUAAAUUGAAUGUUAUGCAUGAAUUUUAAGUCAUUUUAUAGCCUUAAAUAAACAUCCCAACUAUGCCAACUAUGCAAUAGAAAUCCUAAGUGGGCACUAAGCAGUAGUAAAGUUCAGUAGAUGUUUUCAGAACUUUUUUUUCUUAUAAUGGCAAACCUGAUUUUAAAAUGUAUAAAUGCCAUCAAUAGAAAACUUAUAUAUAUAUAUAUAAGUUUUUUUCAAUGUUUAAUUCUGGGUCCUACUGAAUACUCAAUCUAAUAGGUCUACUAUUAGAUUUGAGUAUUCAAUAGGAGGUGCUUAUUUAGCUAAUAAUUUUACUAAAUAUUUAAUAUUCAAUGAGGAUAUCGGUUUAACACAAAGAAUGCAUAAUAUUCAAUUUUAUUCAUUAGAUCAAACUUUUCUACAAAACUACCUAACAAAAAAAAUCAUUAGUCUCUUUGUUUUAUGGACAAAUUGAAAUCCAAUGUGUAAAACCAUACAAACCAGGUUACUGUAUACAACUAUAUUUUGUAAAAUACUGUAUAAAUGAAGGUAAACUAUACUAUUCACUAAAUGUGAAGAUCCUCUACAAAUCAAUACAUUGCAUUGUAAAUAAAGUUGCUCAACACAUUGUUAA